AUGCAGUGCCUUUUGACAGUGGUGUCUUUGACCUUCCUUCUUGGGACUUCACAUUGUUCUCUUCUAUUCCAUCGGAACAUGAACCUGGAAGCAAAGAUGAAUGUUAGUGAAAUGAUAACAUACUGGGGCUACCCCAGUGAAGACUACGAGGUCAUGACUGAAGAUGGUUACAUCCUAGGGGUUUAUAGGAUUCCUUAUGGAAAAAAUCAUACAAACAAUUCAGCUCAGAGGCCUGUGGUAUUUUUACAGCAUGGCUUGCUGACAUCAGCCAGUAGCUGGAUCUCAAACCUGCCCAGCAACAGUUUAGCUUUCCUUCUGGCAGACGCUGGCUGUGACGUGUGGCUGGGCAACAGCCGAGGAAACACCUGGUCCAGGAGACACUCCUUCUUAUCCGUGGAUUCAGACCUGUUUUGGGCUUUCAGUUUCGAUGAAAUGGCGACAUAUGACCUUCCAGCCACAAUUGACUUCAUUGGGAGGAAAACUGGACAAAAGGAAAUGUAUUAUGUAGGCCAUUCCCAAGGCACUACUAUUGCUUUCAUAGCAUUUUCCACCUUGCCAAGACUAGCUCAAAGAAUCAAAAUCUUCUUUGCAUUAGCUCCAGUUAUCACCAUUCGAUACACAAAAAGUCCUCUGAUUAAAGUGGCACAUGCUCUAAGGGCAUUGCUCAAGGUUAUUUAUGGCAAACGAGAAUUUAUGCGUAAUACCUUAUUUAACAAAUUCAUUGGCACAAAGCUUUGCAGCAUGAAGCAUUUGGACUCCGUUUGCCUCAGCUUUUUGCUUUUGCUGUGUGGAUGUGAUUUCAAGAAUUUAAAUACGAGUCGCUUGGAUAUAUAUUUGUCACAAAACCCGGCAGGUACUUCGGUUCAGAACAUAAUACACUGGAUCCAGGAUUAUGACUCGGGUGACUUUAGAGCUUUUGACUGGGGAAAUCCGGACUUGAACAGAAUGCACUUUAACCAGAGUACUCCUCCAUUAUACACUGUGGCAGACAUGCAAGUGCCCACUGCAACCUGGAAUGGUGGGCAGGACUUGGUGGCAAACCCGGAAGAUAUUAAAAAUCUACUGCCUCAAAUCACAAAUCUCAUUUACCACAAGACGAUUCCAUACUACAAUCAUUUGGAUUUCAUUUGGGGAAUAAAUGCACCUUGGACAAUUUACUAUGGAAUCAUUGAUAUGAUCAGAAAAACAUUCUAAGCUGAUCUGACAGGGAGCUCUAAGG